CGGUUGUCUUCCGAAGACUGAAGCUUUGAAGACUUGAAGGUUAACUUCAACUGACGACAGUAUUUUACGCUCGUCAUCCUGUUUUGAGGUCAUGGACAGGCAUCCAAUUCUCCUCAAAACCACUUCAGACUUCAGCCAAUGUCAACAAGCCAAAUCUCCCGGCCAUAAUCCAUCUUGACUGUCGGCUUCUUUCCGUCAAUGACCUCCUAUUCAAACGGCUUGGUGACAGGUGCUGUCGUUGACCAAGCCAUUACUAAAGCUAGUUUCAGGAUUAUAUACCGAGUGCGUCGGUACUUCCAGGUAUUUAAGUGCCUGCAAGUGCAAGACAUACUUCCAUCGACCAGAUUGUCCUUCUUCGACCAUGUCGAACUCAAUCGAAGUGAAAUAUCGAAGACUAGGUGCAUGUAGUUUGAAAGUCUCUGUGCCAAUCCUUGGUGCAAUGAGCUUUGGUUCACCGGAUUGGACUGGGCCUUGGAUUCUAGAUGAAGAAAAGUCCUUUCCAAUUCUCAAAGCUGCUUGGGACAGAGGAAUCAACACCAUUGAUACUGCCAACGCGUACUCCAACGGCCUUUCUGAGCGCAUCAUUGGAAGGUUCAUCAAACAAUACAACAUCCCUCGAAACCAGAUCAUCAUUGCCACAAAAUGCUACAGCGUCGUCGCCAACACGCCAGCCGGGUUUCAAGGAAAACCUACUCCCAACACCCCAGAAUACAUCAACCAAUAUGGACUAUCUCGUGCUGCUAUAUUCAACGCCGUCGAGGCUUCUCUGGAACGCCUAGACACGCCAUACAUCGACCUUCUCCAAAUUCAUCGUUACGACCGUGAUGUGCCUGCUGAAGAAACGAUGAAAGCCCUACACGACCUCGUCCAAAGCGGGAAAGUCAGAUACAUCGGUGCAAGCUCAAUGCGUUGUUGGCAAUUCGCGCAUUUGAAUCAAGUAGCGGAGAAGAACGGGUGGACCAAGUUUGUAAGCAUGCAGAGCGAGUAUUCGUUAUUGUAUAGAGAGGAGGAACGUGAAAUGAUUCCUUACUGCAAAUUCAAUGGAAUCGGUCUCAUCCCAUGGGGCCCUGUCGCUGGCGGUCUACUCUGCAGACCGUCGGGCACUGAAACUACUCGAAGCGAAUCAUACAAAGGAAAACCAUGGCAGCGUCAACUCAGCGAGGUUGACAGGGUAAUCGUCGAUCGUGUAGAUGAAAUCGCCAAGAACAGAGGAAAGACGAUGACACAAGUUGCGUUAGCCUGGGUUGGUGCAAAGGUCGACAGCCCAAUUGUGGGUACGACGAGUAUCGAACGAUUAGAAGAAAAUAUUCUCGUUGGGUUGGAGUUGACAGACGAGGAGAUGAAAUACCUGGAAGAACCUUAUGUACCGAAGCCUGUUAGAGGUCAUGCUUAAAACUUGUACUAGAACAUGUUUGUAUGCUAUGUAAUUGUAAUUAGAAAACGCAUCAAUAAUAAG